AUGUUAAAGCAUGCCUUAAGAGUGAUGUAAGUCUUUAGACCUAAAUUGCUACAUUGUACACCAUUAUAAACAUUGGCAAUAAGAGGACCUCUUUUUACAAGCAUUCCUGUAAGUUACUUUUGCACAUCAUUACCGAAACAUAAGAAAUUAGCAAUGCCUGCUUUGUAUAAAAGAAAUAAUAUAUUAAUAGAUCACCAACAAUGGAGACAGGAAAUAUAUAGAAAUACUNCUAAAAGAAAAAAAUUUUUAUAAUAAAUGAAUAAUAUAAAUUCAAGAAAUGUAAAUUAAUAAAUUAAUAAUACUCCAACCUAAUAAACAUAAUAAUAAAAUACUCAAACUUCUGA